AUGGUUUAUAUACCUGCUUGUCGUGGGGAUAAACAUGACGAGCCAGUCAGUCCUAUAGUAGACGUGGUGGACUGUGAGGUUCAUGCUAACCAGCUGGUUGUGGACGCUGGGACGGUACACACGCUUCCUGCUGGAGCGGACUUCCUGAUGUGCUACUCUGUGGCCGAGGGUUAUUUCUCCCACAGAGAGACGUUGAAUGGAUCGUGGUACAUCCAAGACCUAUGUGAUGUGCUCCAGGAGUACGGAACGCGGCUGGAGAUCACAGAGAUGAUGACGCUAGUUAACCGCCGGGUGUCGCUGCGACGCGUAGAGAACUGUGCCGACCGCAACGCCAUCGGGAAGAAACAGGUCCCCUGCUAUACCUCUAUGCUCACAAAGAAACUUUACUUCAGAUCCAAGAAGCUCUGAGACCAAGAUAGCAACUUUACUUCAGAUCCAAGAAGCUCUGAGACAAGUUAGCAACUUUACUUAAGAUCCAAGAAGCUCUGAGACAAGAUAGCAACUUUACUUCAGAUCCAAGAAGCUCUGAGACAAGAUAGCAACUUUACUUCAGAUCCAAGAAGCUCUGAGACAAGAUAGCAACUUUACUUCAGAUCCAAGAAGCUCUGAGACAAGAUAGCAACUUUACUUAAGAUCCAAGAAGCUCUGAGACAAGAUAGCAACUUUACUUCAGAUCCAAGAAGCUCUGAGACAAGAUAGCAACUUUACUUCAGAUCCAAGAAGCUCUGAGACAAGAUAGCAACUUUACUUAAGAUCCAAGAAGCUCUGAGACAAGAUGGCAACUUUACUUAAGAUCCAAGAAGCUCUGAGACAAGAUAGAAGACAAGAUACUCAUAUGAACCUCUAACACAGAUUUAUGUCUCAAUUCAAUCCUUAGCGCUGGAGCCCUUACAAUACUGUACCAGAUUCAAGAUACUCAACUGAGGCAAGACAUUCUACAUGAUCUACUCCCGGGUCAAAACAAGACAUUCUACUCUACAGAAUCAAGACACUGAACAAAGAUAUUCUGAGACACUAAAAAACAAAAUAUAUUUUUACAGGAUCAAGAUACUGCACUAAGACAAGAUACUCCACUACCAAUUCACAAGUAUAGAGGUCCUAUUAAAUCACUAGA